GUGGAUGUGCUCCUGCCCAUCAAGGUCAGAGGAGGCCCCAAAUUCCAGGUCCGCCUCCGUGCAAUGGUGGCUGAGCCGUCCCUCUGCGUGUCCAGGGACAGGCUGGAGUUCUCUGCUGUCCAGUGUGGGCAGUGCCAGGAAGAAACCAUCCAGCUCCACAACACGUUCCAGGUCCCCUGUAAAUGGUCCAUCAGCAUGACUGAUCCUGUUGAGGAGGUGGACAAACAUCUGCCAGGGAGCGAGCACCAGAAGCUGCUGGAGGAGAUGAAGUCUGUGCCCUGUGGCUUUGAGGUGCUGCCCUCAGCUGGAAGCCUCGCUCCAGGACAGCAGUGCCACGUCCAAGUCCGUUUUUCACCCAUGGAAGAGAAGUGCUACCGGGGCGAGCUGCAGAUCCAGAUUUGCCAGAGCAGCCAACGCCUGCAGCCCCUACGGACACCAAAAGAUGACAACAGCCCCAACAGCUUGUUGCUGCCUCCGUGUGCCCCGGGAGAGAAGCUGACUGAUGAGGCCCAAGGAAGGGGCAUAAAAAUGAAGGUUGACGUUGUGGAUCCACCAGGAAAGGUGGUGAAGCUGGGAAACGUCUGCAUUGGACAGACGGUGAAGAAGAUGGUCACCGUAGCCAACAAGAGUGCAGCCCCUCUCACCUUUAAGCUGAGGGUCACGUCCACUGUGCCAGAGUUGCAGGAAGCUGGGGUUCUGUGCUUGAAGCCCAGCAAGGAUCUAAAGCUGAAGGGCAGAGGAGACACCUGCAAAGUGGAGGUGACCUUCUCCCCGAAGCGCCGCAUGCAGCCGUUCAGCGGGGAAGUGCUGCUGGAGUGCCGCGGGCUGGUGCACUCCCUCUGUGUGGUGCGGGGCUCCUGCCAGGGCAGCCUCGUGAGCCUGGACCAGGACCAGCUCAGCUUUGGAGCCGUGGUGCAGCAGAGCUACACGAGCCGGCGCGUCGUCAUGCGGAACGCGGGCGACACGAGAGUCAGGUAA